AUGAACAUUUUGAGUUAUGAUAUUAAAAUAUUAGGAGUGGAGACCUAUUCUGAUAAUAUUUUAUACAAAUUGCGUAUCAUCAAUACACGAACUCUUGGACAUAGGGAUAUUAGGGUCAAAUUUAAUUAAUUAUCAGAUUUACAUUCCAUUUUGAAUGAUAUAAAUCCAGAAUAUAAUGUAUAUAUUAAUGUUAAAAUAUAAGUUUCCGCCAUUUCCAAAGAAAGAAUUCUUUCAAUCCUUAUUUGGGGAAAAUAAAUUUAUUAAAUAAAAAGAACAAAUGAUAUCUGAAUAUUUUGCUGCAUUAAUAAAAUCACCACCUCCUUGUAUUAAACCAUUAUUAGAGUUUUUAAAUGAUGGAUCAGAUUUCAUUCGAUAAAAAGAAUUAUAAAAAGAAAUAUCAACUAAAAAAGAACUUUUUAAGUUGAUUAAACCUCAAAAAAUUCUAAAAAAAUCACUUUUUGGUAAAACAACACUUUGCACAUUAUAAGGAAAAAAAGUAAUUUUACACAAAUUUUAUGUUCUAAAAUCUUCAAGUGAUGAAUUACUUAGCCAUUAUUUUAAUAUGCAUUUAUAAUUCACUGAUUUCACUUAUGUUUGCUAAGUAAUUCAUAUUUUCUUUUUACAUGCAAAACUUAAUUUAAUGGAUAGUAUGCUUUUAUAAACUAAAUAACCUAGAUCUUGUAAAAAGUAGCAUUUUGAACAAGCUUUCUAAUUAAAGAAUAAGUAUGAUGUAGUUAAAUUAUUCUCUAUCGAAGUUUAUGAAGGAUAAAACCUAGAGGAAAUUAUCUAAGAGAAAAGAACAAAAAAGAUUCCAUUCACUUAAAAUGAAAUUUUGCAUUUAAUUUAAAAUUUAUUAAGAGCACUUCUUUACUUAAACAAUAAUAAUUGUUAUCCUAAUAGAGUAACUACAACUUCUAUUAUUAUUAAUGAAGAAAAUGUUAAAUUAACAGGAAUUCUUGAACCUAAUGAAAAAUAUAAAGAUAUAUAUAUAAUUGAAGGAUAUGCCCUUAGAACUGAUUAAUAAUAUGAUGUAAUUUAUUUCCCACCAGAAAGGUUGAAUUCUUAUUAAAUUAAUUAAUAAUUGAAUCUUAGUUGGCAAUUUGGUGUUUGUAUACUUAAAGCUGCUCUCCUUUAUACAAAUAAAGAAUUAGAAGAUAUCCAUGAUUAAAGUAUAAUUUAAUAGUUAAUCUAAAAAGUAAAAAAUAAAUAUGGGUAAUAAAACUUAAUGUUAAUUUAGAUAAGAGAUGAAAUAGCCAAUAUUUUAAUGCUUAGUUUGAA